AUGGAGAAAAACAGAAAUCAACUCUCAAGGGAACAACAACGGCAAAUACGGGCAGCAUAUGAAAGGAAAAGAAAGGAAAGAAUGAACAACGAACAAACACAGGAACGGUUGUUCAGAAGGCGGGAAAAUUAUAAGAAACAAAAAGAAAGACGAACAAAUGUCAAUAUAUCAAAUAAUCUUCAGCCUAGGGUGCCUUCUCAACAUUUCACAAUUAUGAACUUUCCAAGAUCUCACUUUCAGGGAACCCAUGACCACGAAGCUGGACCAAGUAACGUUACACGUAUAAAUGAUGCUACACUUGGUGGUAGUGUUCCGUCAAAUUUACAAGAAACUCAUGACAAUGAAGAAGCAUCAAGUGGAAUAGAUAUUAAUGACAUUGUACAUGAUAGUAUGGAAUUUGAUGAAAAUUUUGACGAAGCUCAAAUACUUGAAGUGGCUUUAGAAGGCGCCGCUAAUGUUACAUCGUCACGCCAUCGUCGUCAAGGUCGUAGUGUUCCGUCAAAUUUUCAAGAAACUGAUGACAAUGAAGCAGCAUCAAGCGGAAUAGAUAUUAAUGACAUUGUACAUGAUAGUAUGGAAUUUGAUGAAACUCAAAUACUUGAAGUGGCUUUAGAAGGCGCCGCUAAUGUUACAUCGUCACGCCGUCGUCGUCAAGCUUCGUGGGGAAAUUACCGAGCCAGACACAAUGCUGCGAGAAAUUUUCAAAGUAAUGCCAGAAUGACAACAUGUCAAUUACCUCCCCCAACAUCAUGCAGACAUUGCAAUGCAAGGUUAUUUUACCAUGAAUCACGUGCCAUGUGCUGUAAUGGUGGAAAUGUGUCAUUUUCAAUAGUUAGUGCUCCUAUAGAAUUGCUACAACUAUUUUUAGAUGGUUCUGCUGACGGAAUUCAUUUUAGACAACAUAUUAGAAGUUACAACCAUGUGUUUUCAUUCACUUCAAUUGGUGUACAUGUCGAUGAAAGUAUACUUUCAACUGGUCGUGGAAUAUACACAUUUCGUGCUCAAGGCUCUUUUUAUCACAACAUAGGAGGUUUUUAUCCAAAUGAAGGUAGUAGACCGAGAUACAUGCAGUUAUAUAUCUAUGAUACAGAACAUGAGCUACAAAAUAGGAUGAUGGAGAAUCCUGAACUACAUCAGACUGUAGUUUAUAAACUACAACAGAUGCUCCAUCAAUACAAUCCUUAUGUAAGAAAGUUCAAACAACUUGCACAACUUCCAAAUGUUGGUGAAUGUCGACUCCUACUUAAAGAGCGUCCAAUUAACCAGCCUCAAUAUAAUCUCCCAUCUGCUUCGCAAGUCGCGGCAAUUAUUGUUGGUGGAGAUGAUGAAUCUAUUGAAAGUGGAAGGGAUAUAAAUGCCAUACGUCAUAAUGGAACUCUAAAGAAGGUUCUGGAAACAAAAGGGUAUUAUGAUCCCCUACAAUAUCCUUUAUUGUUACCUUUUGGGACGCAAGGUUGGGACAUCAACACAAGAAGCAGAAAUGGGCAAAAAGUAACAUGUCGAGAAUAUUACUGUUACAUGCUUCAGAUUCGACCAAAUGAUCAAUCAAUAUUAUUAAAGGCGGGAAGACUUUUACAACAAUAUGUUGUAGACAAUUAUGUGAAGAUUGAAUCAGGGAAGUUGAGGUGGUACCGGCAACACCAAAAAGAUAUACGUGCUGAAGUAUACCAAGGUUUGCAAGAUGCUUUGCAUGUUGGAGAAAUCCAUGCAGAAAAUGUCGGAAAAAGAACAAUAUUGCCAUCAUCAUUUAUUGGCGGUCGUCGUGAUAUGACACAGCGUUAUGAAGAUGGCAUGGCUAUUGUGCUUAAAGACGGUAAACCGGAUAUUUUUCUUACUAUGACAUGCAAUCCUUCUUGGAGUGAGAUAACAUCAGAACUUCUACCUUUUCAAACUCCUCAAGAUCGUCCAGAUUUGCUAACAAGAAUUUUUCGUUCCAAAUUUGAGCAAUUAAAAGACGAUGUCAUCAACAAAGGGGUAUUAGGAAAGGUUAAAAGUUACAUGUAUGUAACUGAAUUUCAAAAACGAGGAUUGCCGCAUGUCCAUAUGUUGUUAGUCUUAGAAAGUAAUGACAAAUUACGUGAUCCAGAAGAGUACGAUAGUGUUGUCAGGGCUGAAAUACCUAAAUUAGAAUGUGAACCACAUUUACAUCAAGCAGUACUGAAACAUAUGAUCCAUGGACCUUGCGGUAGACUCAACAAAAACUCUCCAUGUAUGAAGGAUGGACAAUGUAAAAAAAAAUAUCCAAAAGAGUUCUUAGAUGAAACCCGUCGAGGCAACGACUCUUAUCCACAAUAUAGAAGAAGGUUUCACGAACCUAUUUCUAUAAAUAGAGAUAAGUCUGUCGAUAAUAGUUGGGUGGUUCCAUAUAAUCCUUGGUUGUUGUUAAAAUAUGAUUGCCACAUCAAUGUCGAGGUUUGCAGUAGCAUUAAAAGCAUAAAAUAUUUGUAUAAAUAUGUCUACAAAGGCCCUGAUAGAGUGGAAAUGGAGGUUCAUAGACGAUCAAAUAUCGAUGAGAUUCAACAAUAUGUGGAUGCAAGAUGGAUAUGUGCUCCUGAGGCAAUUUGGAAAAUAUUUCGAUUCACCCUUUACAGAUUAUAUCCCUCUGUUGAAAGAUUACAGAUCCAUUUGCCCAAUCGUCAACAAGUGCGAUAUUAUGAUCACCAAAGGAUUGCAGAUGUGCUCAAUGAUGAGCGUAACUCCAAAACAAUGCUGACACAAUUCUUUGCACUUAACCGAAGAGAUCCACAAUCAAGAACUUAUUUGUAUAGACAGAUUCCAGAGCAUUACUGCUGGAGCGGUAAGGAUAAGGAAUGGAAACGAAGACGUUCAUCAAGAAAGGUUAUUGGGAGAAUCUAUACAGUUUCGCCUUCAGAAGGAGAAAAGUUUUACCUGCGAGUAUUGUUAUCUCAUGUAAAAGGUCCAACCAGUUGGGAAGAUCUUCUUACAAAUAAUGGCAUUCCCUUCAAUACUUUCAAAAAAGCUGCGGAGGAUCGAGGAUUUCUAGAGACUGAUAGUAGUAUUCGAGAUUGUUUGGUUGAUGCAACAUGUGUCCGACUGCCAUAUGCUAUAAGGAUGUUGUUUGCACAUAUAUUAAUUUUUUGUGAACCUACAGAUGUUAGAUCCCUUUGGAAUGAGUUUUUCACGCACAUGACAGAAGAUUAUCAAACUAAUAACAAUGUCGUGGGGUUAAACUUAACUCAUAGGUUGUUGAAAGAUUUGAAUGAGCUCUUAGAAAUACACGGUAAAAGCACUGAAGAUUAUGAUCUUCCGUCUUUACCUACAGAUGCAACAGAAGAAAAUACAAUACCAAGUGUUAUACAAGAAGAGUUAUCCGUACACAUCCCAGCUGAAGACAUUCAAGCUGUUUCAAAAUUAAAUAACGACCAAAUGAAUGCUUUCAAAACCAUUAUGGAUGUCAUCGAACGCAAACAAAGUCAGGUAUUUUUUAUUGAUGGUCCAGGUGGAACAGGUAAAACAUUCCUUUAUCGAACAUUGACGGCAACUUUGAGAAGUAGAGGACAAAUUGUCCUAGCGACUGCAUCUUCUGGUAUAGCUGCAACAUUAUUACCUGGUGGUCGAACCGCACACUCCAGAUUUAAGCUACCUUUUGAAGCAACGCCAGGUUCCUAUUGCGAUAUACGCAAACAAACCCAUCUUGCAAAUCUCUUAAGAGUGGCAGCUGCAAUCAUUUGGGAUGAAGCUCCAAUGACAAACCGAUAUUGCUUAGAAGCCUUAGACAAAUCAUUGAAGGAUGUAUUAAACAACAAUGCUCCAUUUGGUGGAAAAGUUAUGAUCAUGGGUGGAGACUUUCGCCAAGUUCUUCCUGUUAUACCUAAAGGUACUAAGGCACAAACGAUUUCUGCAUGUAUCAUCAAGUCUCAAUUAUGGGCUCAUACCAAGGUCCUACGUUUGCGUCAGAAUAUGCGAUCGAUGCAUGAUCAUGAGUUUGCAUCAUUUCUUAUGCGUAUUGGUGAUGGAGUUGAACCUACCAAACCUGAUGAUAUGGUGAAGAUACCUCCCCAAAUUGCAAUACCAUGGGAAGGAGAACAUUCUAUACAAGUUCUUAUCGACCAUAUUUUCCCCCAAUUAGAAUUGCAUGGUUGGGAUGCAUCGUAUAUGACACAAAGAGCCAUACUUACACCUAAAAACGAUGACGUCCAAAAGUUGAAUGAUAUACUUAUCAACCAGUUUCCAGGAGAAGAACAUAAUUUGUUGUCAUUCGACGAGGUUGAAGGGGACACCCACAACUUAUAUCAACAGGAAUUCUUAAACUCCAUUAACCAGGGUGGUUUACCUCCGCAUAUUUUAAAAUUAAAAAAAGGUGCACCACUUAUGUUGUUGCGGAAUCUUGACCCUAGAUAUGGCCUGUGUAACGGGACACGGUUAUUAUGUCGUGGUUUGUUUAUGAACAUGUUGGAUGUCGAGAUUCUAACAGGAAGCAAUGCUGGAAAAAGAGCUUUUUUGCCAAGAAUUAAAUCAAAAACAUCAGCAAGUUCAGGUCUUCCCUUUGUGCUUAGCAGAAAACAGUUUCCUGUGAGACUAAGUUUUGCAAUAACCAUAAAUAAGUCACAAGGACAAACCAUUCCAAAUGUCGGAAUCUAUCUUCCGAGCCAUGUUUUCAGUCAUGGCCAGCUAUAUGUGGCUUUAUCUAGAGGUGUUUCACAAAAUUCAACAAAGCUACUCAUCAGAGAUGGCAAACUACAAGGUGAAGAUGGAGAGUUUACAAAAAAUGUAGUUUUUAAAAACAUUCUUUUAUCACAAACACAGAUUGUUAUAGAUUAUUAA